AAAGAAACCAGUGAAAGCAUAGAGAAUGACAGGAAGACACUGAGGCUGUGAGACAGGGAGAGAGAGAGAGAAGGGAGGGGUGUAGAAGGAGGGAGUGAGGGAGAGAGAGAGAGAGAGAGAGCAAGCUACAGGGACAAAAAGGGUGUGAACACGCUCGUACCCCCCUCUUGGUCCCGUCUUGUGGCACUGGCCACUGGUGUGAGUGUCUCUUUUAGCCACAGAAUACUAAAAAGUUGGGCAAAGUACACAGCAGCAACAGGACCUCCCAGACAACUGGCCUUUGCACCCCCCUCCAGUGGUGGCAAGACAGGGAGCAGACCUCCACCAUCAUCCAGUGCCCCCCCUCUCCCCCAAUCACGCCUGCCGAGGAUCAGCAUGUGGAUUUUACCCCCGUUUGUCGCCCUGGGGUUACUGGGAUUCUCCCGCUCAGACACACUGGAUAGCAAGAUUCCCGCGGUGAUGUCACGUGGCUGCAGCUAUGUUGGAGUUUUCCAUGUAGUGGGAGGAUCCCGCUACGCUCUAGACUUCCAGCAAGCGGAGAAUGUCUGCAGGAGCCUGGGGACCACACUGGCCUCCUUGGAAAACAUCACAGCAGCCUACAAGAAAGACAUGGAGAUAUGCAGAUACGGCUGGAUCAGCAAUGGGAACGUAACCAUUCUCAGGAGAACACCUCACCCCAACUGUGCCAACAACUUAACAGGAAUUUUAUAUUAUGCUGAUUCCUCAGGCUCCCUCGUGCACUUUGACGCCUACUGCUUUGACGAAAAGGACCUUUCAGACAAGAACUGCAGCGCCGCUUUCACUCGUAAUGCGAACGACACAGACAGCGUUCCUUCAGGAGAUGGUGUGGGGGGAGCAGCAGAGGCCGAGGGUUCCGAUGAGACACCUCAGACGUACACCUCCGCCACAAAUGAGUGGGUCAGUCCCUCAGACUCAGAAGAUGACACCACGGUGACCCCUGACCCUUUGACAUUCACAGAAGCAUAUAUAAGCUCCAAUCCAACAGAAACCCAGAACAGAACAGACCGAGUGAAUGGGGUGGAGGACAAGUAUGAUGUGGUCUCCUCACUACCAACAAUCAGCAUGACCUCCAGCCUAGAAGAGGAAUCUGACGGUAUAGCCGGAUCAGGGACACCGCCAGACGAAGCUACCCUGAUGUCCGAUGUGCCCGACACUAUAAACACACGAGGUAAAGAUAAUAAACAGAAUCGCAUGGUACCACGUGGUGGAGAAACAGAGAAUACUAAUGGGGUACCAGACUGGCUGAUCAUCUUGCUCGUGGUCUUGGUGGUGUUGAUCAUCAUUCUAAUAGCUGUUGCAGUUGCCAAUAGGAAUAGAUUGUGUGGAAAGCAUCAGACUCUGAUGAUCAGCAAGGAUGGAGGUGAAGGGAACGGGGCAGCGGCGGGGGCGGCAGCCAGCUCACGAGCCGAGGAACGAGAGCAGGAGAUGGUGACGCUGAUGCACAAGGAGAACAUCCAGGAGAACGGCAAAAAGGAGGAGUUCACCGUCAUUGCUCUAGAGGAGUCACCAGAGAAGGCCGAGCUGGCGUGAAAUGAGGGCGGGGACGACGGGGGUGGGGGGGUUUAGUGAGGCGCGGCCCGAGCAAACCUGGGGGGUUGGCCAGCAGAUGUUUUGGUGUACUGUUUGGCCUGAUAAACGUGAUGCCGUACUUAACUUGUCAAAUGUGUAUUUGAGAAGGAACAUUGAGUCAUUUAACUUGAUGAUUAAUCCAAACGUGCCAUCAGUAGCCUCCCUGAAGCUUCAGAAGUCAAAAUCCAGACUCUUCUAGGUCCAAGAGCUACAUAGAGUGUGAGCUAAGGGGAGAGCAUAGGAGAGGUUGGGUGCGUUGGUAAGGGAAAAUAAUCAGUUGGGGGGGUGGGGUGGGCAUUACUGGGAGGUGGAGUAAAAUCCUCCUCAGGGGCUAAGGAAUGAAGGACAGGAUGUAUAUAUAUAAAUAUGGUAUUUUCUGAAUCACACACCUGACCGUCUGAAAGACAGAACAAGAGAAACGCAGACAACCAUCAUGACAGGAGGGUAG